UAACAAUCAAUGCUUUUGAUGUGAUUUUGUGGCGACAUACUUGAAGGUUGUAAAUCUCCAUAAUUUAUACAGCAGCUGGUCAAGAUGAUCAUUUUUUGCCUCUACAUUACAAAUUGAAUUAAUUAACCGGCCGUGACUUGACACGUGUCGUUUUUCAACUCCUUGGGUUUUCCUUAACCAGAGUUUGUAUAUUGUGAAAUGGAAUCAUUGUUAUUGUUCGUGUGAAUUGAACCUGCAUAAAUGAAAGGUUCGUUAAUCAAUCUUUUGAAAUUAGAUUGGACUUUAAAAAUACAUCUGCAGCUGUUUUUAUAACCAAAAAAAUAAUAAUAAUAAAAUUCUCGAUUUAAUGCUGCAUGUGCUUGGUAGAAACAAACGUUCCCGUAAUGGAAAACGAAAAGCAACAAGAAAACGGAAAAGUCCAUGCGGUCAGUGAUGAAGGUCCGACACACGUAGUCACUAUACCUGAUAAGACAAAACACGUGGACAUGACAACGGGAAGUCGGAAUAAACUACUUGUGUGUGCAGCUGGAACGUUCCUCUGUUAUUUUUAUUAUGGAAUUGUUCAGGAGUCAAUAACAAAAGGAAAAUAUGGAGAAGGAGAAAAGACAGAGAAAUUUAAAUACACACUUGCCCUUGUAUUUGUGCAAUGUAUCAUCAAUGCCAUUGCAGCAAAAAUUGCCAUGUUUUGGCAGAAGGAAAGGGACACUACUCCUGGCAGAAUGUUUUCAUUUUGUUCCAUGUCCUAUCUAGGAGCUAUGUUAGCCAGUAACCACGCACUGCAGCAUGUCUCGUACCCAACUCAGGUUUUGGGAAAGUCAGCAAAGCCUAUCCCAGUGUUGAUCCUAGGGAUUCUGUUUGCGAGGAAGAGAUACCCUGCAGCCAAGUUCUUGUUUGUUUUAAUGAUAGUCCUGGGAGUGGCCAUGUUCUUGUACAAAGACUCUGGAAAGACCAAAAAAUCUGAACAUGACAGCAUAGUUGGUGUGGGAGAGCUUUUACUGUUGGUGUCCCUGUCACUAGAUGGUGUAACAGGAGCAAUACAGGAGAGAAUGAGAUCUGAACAUAAGACAGGAGCCUUCAGUAUGAUGUUUAACAUCAAUAUAUGGUCUAUAUUAUGGUUAGCUAUAGGAUUAGUUGUCUCAGGAGAAGGUUUGGCAUUUCUAGGGUUUAUGGAGAGACAUCCAUCUAUACUACUACAAAUGAUAACAUUUGGUUUAGCUAGUGCUGCUGGUCAGACAUUUAUUUUCAUCACUGUAUCAACAUAUGGACCAUUAACAUGCUCCAUCAUCACAACUACACGAAAGUUUUUCACCAUUUUGGCAUCGGUAAUAAUUUUCCAGAACCCCAUGAACAGCAGACAGUGGAUGGGGACAGUGUUAGUGUUUACUGGACUGGGAUUAGACAGUGCUUAUGGAAAAGAAAAGAAAAAUAAGUGAAGACCCAGAAGUACGAUUCGAACACACCACUACAAAAAUCCUGAGCUGGACAGAAAUGAAAAAGUUAGGGUUUAUCUCUGAAGAAGAGAAAAUAUUUUUUUAGGAGAGAGAUAUUUUUUUGGGCAUUUGUGGAAGUGAUUGAAAUGCAUGAUUUGUUGCAUUUUCUCAUGUUCAUUGAGUGAUAGAUAAACCCUGGCCUAGAUGAUUCUGUGAUAUUAAUCAAGUCAUUGAUUAUACACACUUAACUGUUUUUUGAUGUGGUGCUUGUAUUUAUUAUAUACAAAGAUCUGAAAAAAAGUACGAAAUGUAGACAGAGUGCAUGUCUAUGGCAUGAUUUAAAACAGACUAAGGGAAAAUGUACAAUUGAUAAAGAGUCUACGCAGUGUAUUGUUCAAAGAAUGAUAAUACAUUUAGCAGAAUUUGAACAAAUUAUUUUUUAUAAGGAUUAAUAAAACAGACAUUGUUUAUCGGUAUAUUGUUUAUGGAAACCACUUCAUAUCAUUUUCAUCAGUGUUGUAAGGUGGUUAUUGUUUCAAGUAUUUCAGGUUUAAGGGAUUUAUAAAAUUUAUAUUUGGACCAUUCAGAUUUUGAUGUUUUACUAUAGUAUUAAGCUGAUAUGGUUGGGCAUUCAAAGUCCUCCAUAUGUCAAUACUGUAUUCUUAGUUAUAUUUUCUUAUGAAGUAAAAGUUUUGUUUUUGCAAAAA